AUGUUAGCCGCUACCAAAUUGGCCCUCUGGGCCUUGACAGGGUUUGUUGCCAUCACAACUGUCUUCUUUAACGUUUACAUAUUUUUGAUGAGCCUGUGGAGCAAGAUGGAGAAGAAGCAGCGGAGUCCCAGUGAGAUCAUCAUCAUGGCUCUGGCGGUGGCCAAUGUGACUCACCAGCUGGUGUGUUACCUCUGGAUGACCAUGGAUGAAAUCGACACCAAGUGCCGCAUCGCCCACACGUUCUACACCGUCUUGCUGCUGCUCAUCUUCAGCUUCAAGUUCACCAUCAUCUGGGACACCAGCUUCCUCACCUUCUACUACAGCACCAAGCUGGUCAGCACGCCCAACCGCUGCUACUCUCAGGUCCAGGCUGCCAUCCUCAAGCACGUGACCCUGGCGGUUUUCCUCAUCCCUGUGUGCGGCCUGGCCACCUGCAUGCCCAUGAUCGCAGUGUUCCAGCCCGACAACCACACGGACCACCAGGACUGCGGGGUCUUACUGCCCAGCACCAGCUCUGGCCGCAUUUACGACGUCAUCUACCUGCUCCUCUGCGACGUGCUGCCGGGGCUGAUCAUGCUGAAGUGCUGCAUCUCCAUCUCCAUCCACCUGGCCGUCCAUCUCCGCCACAUGAAGGCCAACACCAACGGGGCCCACGUGCCGAAGCUGGGCUCUCAGCUGAGGGUGAUCCAGAUGGCCCUUUCUCUGGUCUUAAACUUCAUCGUCUUCCUCGUGGUCGACCUGUACGUCAACUACCAGAUGGUGGUGAACCACGACAACUCCACGCUGCUCACCUUCUUCGUCACUUCGCUUUUCACCACCGUCACGGCCUUGGUACUCAUCUACGGUAAAAAGACUGUUUGGAAAGCCCUGUUGCACGACUUCAACAUCUUUCUGGAUGAGUAUCCGUGUCUGUCCUGCCUGAAGGUGCCUGAACAAAGACAAGACCAAACCCAGCAAUCCCACAAAAGUUAAGACCUGAGAGGUUAGACUAUUUUGU